ACAAAUGAUGCAAUGAAAUCUUUGCUUUCUCUCUUGUGCCUUAUAAGUGAUUGUAAAUCAGCACAUUCAAAUAAAAUAAAAUUAUUGCCUAAUUUAUAAUUUAGGCCAAUAAGGAGAGGAACUAUCAUGUGUUCUAUGAACUGCUGGAAGGUAUGAACGACUGGGACAAAGAGAAGCUAUACCUGCAGGGAGCUGAGACUUACUACUACCUAAAUCAAGGUGGUGCCUGUACUUUGAAAGGGAAACAGGAAAAACAAGACUUUCAACUUUUGCUUAAAUGUUUGGAGACUAUUGGCCUACACGCAAAUCAAAUCUCCAACAUCUGGGCCAUCCUCUCCUCUAUUCUACAUCUUGGUAACAUUUGUUUCAGCUCAUAUGAGAGUGAGUCAUUUGAGGUGGCUCGUAUCUUCAGUGAGGUAGAGGCCAGAAGGGUUGGGUCCUUGUUGCAGAUUUCUUGUGAGACCCUUCAAACAGUAAUCACUCACAAAGUCACAGAAACCAGCUAUGAUCGCAUCUACUGCCCCCUGUCUGUGGAAAGUGCCAUAGAAUCAAG